AUGGCCACUGGUCCAGCUACUCAAUCCCUCAAGUGUGUGGUGACGGGUGAUGGUGCGGUAGGAAAAACAUGUCUCCUGAUUUCGUACACGACCAACGCUUUCCCCGGCGAAUAUAUCCCUACCGUUGUCAUGGUAGAUGGCCGACCGAUUAGCUUGGGACUCUGGGAUACUGCUGGACAGGAAGAUUACGACCGUCUUCGCCCAUUGUCCUACCCGCAAACCGACGUCUUCCUGAUCUGCUUCUCCAUCGUUAGCCCGCCGUCCUUUGACAACGUUAAAGCCAAGUGGUUCCCGGAGAUUGAACACCAUGCCCCCAACGUCCCCAUUAUCUUGGUCGGCACCAAGCUCGACCUUCGAGACGACCGUGGUACCAUAGAUGCUCUCCGACAGCGGAAGAUGGAGCCCGUCUCCUACGAACAAGCUCUGGCCGUGGCCAAGGAAAUCCGGGCACACAAGUACCUCGAAUGUUCGGCCCUGACGCAGCGCAACCUGAAGAGUGUAUUCGACGAGGCGAUUCGCGCCGUGCUCAAUCCCCGGCCUGCGGCCAAACCGAAGAACAAGAAAUGCGUGAUUCUGUAG